AUGAGACGUGCCAGUUUUCCAAAAUCGGCGAUUCGACGGUUGAUUAGCCAAUUUGCUGGUGUUUCUGUUGGUCAAAACGUAGUUAUUGCGAUUGCUGGUAUGGCUAAGGUGUUCACUGGAGAGUUGAUUGAAGAAGCACUGGACAUCCAAAAAGCUGAGCGUGAAACCAACAAAGAAGCUUCAUCAUCCUCUGAGCCUUUAACACCACGACAUUUGCAAUUGGCCCUAGACAAGCUUGACAAGCAAGGAAAGUUGUUUCCGGCUAGACCAAGAAGAUGUACAUUUUUAGAUAGAAGAUUCUUUUGAGAUAAUUUUGAUGUUUUUUGAAAAGAAUUGUUUUAUAAAUUUUUAUUUUUUAAAUAAAAUUUUUAAAGAAGCGUUGUAAUAAGUUGAGUAAAUUCAAGCAAGAAAUUUUGUCUAAGUAGGAAUUUUUGGGAGGAUUUUUUCCUAGUUUGGGUGGGGACUCUUCAAGUCUGAGUGGGAUAGAGCUAGGAAUUUUGAAAAAACCGGGACCGGGUCCGGGAAACGGGUUCUGA